GGUGUGCGCUGCCCAGGGAGGAGCAGUUCCCACCCCUUCCACCAGCGAAGGCCUUUGAGUGGGUGUGCGCUGCCCAGGGAGGAGCAGUUCCCACCCCUUCCACCAGCGAAGGCCUUUGAGUGGGUGUGCGCUGCCCAGGGAGGAGCAGUUCCCACCCCUUCCACCAGCGAAGGCCUUUGAGUGGGUGUGCGCUGCCCAGGGAGGAGCAGUUCCCACCCCUUCCACCAGCGAAGGCCUUUGAGUGGGUGUGCGCUGCCCAGGGAGGAGCAGUUCCCACCCCUUCCACCAGCGAAGGCCUUUGAGUGGGUGUGCGCUGCCCAGGGAGGAGCAGUUCCCACCCCUUCCACCAGCGAAGGCCUUUGAGUGGGUGUGCGCUGCCCAGGGAGGAGCAGUUCCCACCCCUUCCACCAGCGAAGGCCUUUGAGUGGGUGUGCGCUGCCCAGGGAGGAGCAGUUCCCACCCCUUCCACCAGCGAAGGCCUUUGAGUGGGUGUGCGCUGCCCAGGGAGGAGCAGUUCCCACCCCUUCCACCAGCGAAGGCCUUUGAGUGGGUGUGCGCUGCCCAGGGAGGAGCAGUUCCCACCCCUUCCACCAGCGAAGGCCUUUGAGUGGGUGUGCGCUGCCCAGGGAGGAGCAGUUCCCACCCCUUCCACCAGCGAAGGCCUUUGAGUGGGUGUGCGCUGCCCAGGGAGGAGCAGUUCCCACCCCUUCCACCAGCGAAGGCCUUUGAGUGGGUGUGCGCUGCCCAGGGAGGAGCAGUUCCCACCCCUUCCACCAGCGAAGGCCUUUGAGUGGGUGUGCGCUGCCCAGGGAGGAGCAGUUCCCACCCCUUCCACCAGCGAAGGCCUUGGCCUUUGCAUUUUGCGCUGCUCCCUGGCCCUGACUUUUGAGAAAGAACCAGCAGCCUCUGGCCUUGUUGACACCAUCAUGUGAGGCCACCAGAGGGAAGGGGCUAAGGACAGAGCCAGAUCUGGCUGGGCCAUCUCACCUUCGGGAGGCCGACCUCGAUCCAGGAUGGAAACAAGGAAGUAGUCACUGGCUUUCCCAAGGCCUGCGAUCCUCUUGAUAACCAGAAAUCCCAAAUUCUUAUCUCCUGCUCUUCCAGCCUGGAAGCUCCGACCCCAGGAGGAACCAGCCCAUCAACCUGAACCAUUAUGCCACCAAGAAGAGCGUGGCGGAGAGCAUGCUGGACGUGGCCCUGUUCAUGUCCAACGCCAUGCGGCUGAAGGCAGUGCUGGAGCAGGGACCGUCCUCUCACUACUACAUCACCCUGGUCACCCUUCUCAGCCUCUCUCUGCUCCUGCAGGUGGCCAUUGGCGUCCUGCUCGUGGUCAUCGCGCGGCUGAACCUGAAUGAGGUAGAAAAGCAGUGGCGACUCAACCAGCUCAACAACGUGGCCACCAUCUUGGUCUUCUUCACCGUGGUCAUCAAUGUUUUCAUUACAGCUUUUGGGGCACACAAGACAGGCUUCCUGACUGCCAGAGCCUCAAGAAAUCCUCUCUGAAUACAGCCUGGGACCCAGGUCCUGGGCCUGGAACUCCUACCUCCUUCCUCCGUGAUCUGCCAGGCUCAUGGGCACUUUCCACAGCCCAGGAGAGCUUCUGAAAGGACGGUAUAGCUGCCCUCACUCCCUGCCCACAGCACCUGAGUUAAAAAGUGAUUUUUUUGUGAUUGGUCUGAGGGACUUCCAUCUCGGUCUGGAGUCCUGAGCUCAGAUGCAGGUACUGCCAGCCAUACCUCCCUGGUAGCGACUGCUGGACCUAAGGCAUGUCUGUCGAAGGCCGAGUCUGCCCAGCUUAAGGACUCUGCUUCUGACUCUACCCUACUGCUUCCUUCUGCUCCAGGCCUCAGUUUUCCCUUUCUGUAAAAUGGAAUCUAUAUCUAUAAAGGUUUCUUCAAAUC